GCGUACGAGGCCAUUUUGGAGGUUGGCAAGAGGUAUGGCACGAACCACGGGAUUCGGUUCCCCAGGAUGCUUAGCUGGACGAGCAAAGGCGAUAUUGGGAAGAAAGACGUCAGCGCAUUAUUUUCUAGACGGAAUCUGGAAGUGGUGAAGGGGCUACUUCCACGGACAGAGGAGGAGGCAUUUGUGAGGACAAUAUCUUACGAUGGUGUGGAGAACCUGGUUGAUGAUGUUGUGGAUGACACAGAGGCUGAGGCAGGUAGUCAGGUACCAGAGACUCAGGUCCCAGACACUCAGGAAAGAGACACUCAGGCCACUGGUUCAGAACCUCAGCCCAGUGCACCAUCUGCAUCAGGCGUUCGGGGUGCCGAGUACACUGAUUUAGUGGCUCGGUUGGAUAGGAUCGAGGCUGACACUCAGGGUCUGUAUGCUGCUCAUGUCGAGCUGAAGAAGGCAUACGAGACCAGCCAUGUAGAGCUGAAGGGUGGUCAGAACGUAAUUAUGGAGCAGCUCAGAGACAUAUUGGCCAUGUUGAAUCGUCCGCCAACGACAGCUUCAGCACCGGAGGCCCCAGCAGAUCCAUCUACCCCACCACCAGCUGCUUCACCCCCAGUAGAAGAGGAUGAGGUCUUCCCCGACGAUUACGAUCCUUAUGAGGGAGCUCCAGCGACUCCGAUCGAGGCACAACCUCUUAUCCAUGUACAUGACACCGAGUCGCAGGGUGAGAUUCUGUCCAUAGAGGCACAACCUGCAGUGGUUAAGAGUCGGAAGAGGAAGAGAAAGCCUCCUGUAUGGUUCGGUGACUAUACGGAGAUGAAGAGGAGACAUAGGCCAUCUUCGACUUUUGAUCCCCUGGAGCCACCGGAUGAGAAAUUGUUAACCACUUUCCGAAAGUGGUGUGUUGGACUCAUUCCGAACCACCGACUUCGGGAUUUGAGAAGUGGUGAUUACGGUCCAGGAUUCUUUUGGAUAAUGCUCACACCAAAGGAAUGGCUUACAGAUGACCAUAUAGAUGCAGCAAUGCAUAUGCUGAGGAGGCGACGCACCGACUAUCCACUGACAUUUCCUCAGAAGGGUAUCAUUCUCUCCACAUUCGUGACCGCCAUGAUCAGCAGUGCAUGGACGAGCCACAAGGGUCCGAGGAAAAACUUUAAAUGGGAGGAUUAUAUCCUGGACUACUGCACAGGGGCUCAUAAGUCCCAAGUCUUUGAGAGAUGGAGGGGUAACGAGUUUAUUUACUUCGUUCUGAACCUUCCCACGGCAAGGCACUGGGUCACAGUUGAAGUCGACAUAGAGCUGUGGAAAAUUAAUGUCUACGACUGUGAUUCCAGCGUCUGUCAUUGGACCGACAUGGAACCCAUCAUGAAGGUUUGGGCAGAACUGCUGCCCUCGCUACUCCUUGCAACCGGGGAAUUUCCACAUAACAACCAGAUCAUGGCGUUAGCUAACUGUGACAUCACGGUGCUUCCAAAAAUGCACGCGACUCGAGCCACUCACGACUUAGUUCCGAAGUCAGCAACCAGUGGUGAUUGUGGCGUGUAUUGCAUUGAGUAUGUGGAGCAUCUCAUGAUGCAGCGUGGAUUGACCGAUGUGACGCCAGACCGGAUAGCCAUGUUUCGUCAACGGUGGUGUGUCGAUUUAUUUUACCAAAAUGUCGGCUGAUUAUAUGUGUAAUUAUUGGGACAUUGUAUAUUUUGUGUAAUUCACAUUACAGUUAUGUAUAUAUAGAUUUUCUUUUCGUUCAAAUUUUGAUAAUUAUACGUGGUUUCAAAUAUAAAAUAUCAACAUUAUUCAACAAAAAUAACUAUUAAACCUAAAAAUAAUUAAAAUAUUUGAAAAAUAUUCAACCUCAACAAAAAUAAGUAUGACAAAAUAUGCAUCAUUACAAUAUAUCAAAUUUCCCAGCGAAUACGUACAAGACGCCUCAGAUGCGGGCUUUGCAUGUUGCUCUGUUGUGGCCUGAAGCACCACAGCGGCUGCAGUUUCGUGGUACAGAACCUUUUUUAUCACCAGACGGGAAACGGUUCUCCCGUCUUCUUCCAGCGUUGCUUUUUCUUGGACGACCUACAGGCUUCUUUUCCACAGGUACCCCAACUUUCAUAUUCUUGAUGUGUUCUGGGAGAACCCAAUCAUCCUCGUCACCAGCGAGAUUGAUGGUAUCAUCGUAAAUCUUCCUCCACGUUUCUUUUGAAUAAUAAGGUGAGCAAAGCGUGUACACACUUGUGUUCGUUUUCAAUGCCGCGGCACAUGCAUGAAGGCAAGGGAAAUUCAAUAACGUGAACACGCCGCAGGUGCAUGUUCUUUCAAC